UUAUACAGUAUCCUUUCCUUUAUAGAAAUUUUUUUGAUAAGUUGUCCCUCCAGUGCCCCAAAGGAGCACUUUUGUGUGGGCCGUCUGGUGUUGGUAAGACGCAACUUGUUCGCACUGUUUGUGAGGCAUGCAGUGCUAUUUUAUUGGUGAUUGAAGGGCCCACCAUCUUCUCGCCGUUCUUUGGGGAAACCGAGCAAAAUCUUCGCCGAAUUUUUAGCUUGGCUUCUGAAUCCUCAAAAAAAGGGCCAACAGUUUUAUUUAUAGAUGAAAUUGAUUCUUUAUGCCCGGCACGUGAUAGUGCCAGUCGGCUAGAGGGAAGGGUUGUAGCGACGCUACUUACCUUGAUGGAUGGCUUUUCUGGGGGACAAUUAUGUGUUUUAGGCGCUACCAAUAAUCCAGCUGUCAUUGACAGCGCAUUGCGCCGUCCGGGAAGGUUUGACAGGGAAAUCCACAUGAAACAACCCGAUAAAUCCAGCCGCCUCUCCAUCUUGAAUGCUCUAUUGGAGCACAUUCCACUAGACCCUUCAGUAAAUUUAGACUAUGUAGCAGGGAUGUGCCGGGGUUACUCCGGAGCCGAUCUCAACAACCUCUGCCUCGUGACUUUCCAUCGCGGUCUCUCCCGGCAUGUGAGUGGUCAGAAAAACGUUUCGUUAUCGCUGGCUGACUUCGUGGAGAGCAUGAAUAAAGUGCCUCCUUCCACGUUGAAAGAACACAUGGUUGAUGUGGAUACUUUGACCUGGGAGCACGUGGGUGGUUUAAAUGACGUCAUAAAAGUACUGGAGGAGUCUGUUCUGCAUCCUCUGCGGCAUAAAGAAAGAUACUCGCGCUUCGGCCUUUCGGCUCCGAAGGGGGUGCUCCUCUACGGCCCUCCAGGCUGUUGUAAAACUACCCUCGUAAAGAUAUUGGCCUCCCUAGGAGAGUUUUCUUUCUUCACGCUGAGCGGUGCGCAAAUGUUCCACUCGUACGUCGGCGAAGCUGAAAGGACAAUCUCUAGCAUGGUAAAGCGGGCUCUGCAGUCGAGCCCUUCACUUCUGUUCUUCGACGAAAUAGAUAUUAUCGGAGCAAGGCGAGGAGACGGUGAUGGCGUUCAGGAACGCCUUCUUUCCACGCUGUUGGUCGAAAUGGAUGGUGUCACCGUAACAGGGCACGUAGUGUUUCUGGGAGCAACCAACCGGAUUUCUGUGCUCGACAGCGCCCUUAUACGCCCAGGGCGGUUCGAUAAACUUAUACAUGUCCCUCCUCCAGACCUCAACGCUCGCAUAGAAAUCUUUAAAGUUCACACUAGGAACAUGAAGCUGAGUGAAGGGGUGGACUUCUUCUCUUUGGCCAAAAAGACAGCCGGUUACACGGGCGCCGACAUUGAAAACAUUUGCCGGGAAGCUGCCAUGUCGGCGCUCAGAGAGAGCUUGUCCGACCCCCUCGUGACUCCCGAACAUUUUAGCGAAACUUUAUGCUUGCUUAGACCAAUGACCAGCUUCGAAAAAACAGAGUUUUACCAGAGGUAACACUUAGCGACAUGAGUAUAAGGGCUAUGAGCUUCUAGAGUAAACACUAAUAAAUGCUU